CUCGCCUUCUGUAGAACUGACCGCGGCCAACUCCCUCUGUCGCUCGUUUACACUGUACGUUACUGAGCAAACCCGACGUCGAAAAGUACAUGUAAUACUUCUUCCUCACUCAUGCCUCAUUUGAGGCCAUCAUUGCCCCGGUUAGCCCAAUCGACCGGGUCCAACGCUCGAGCCGCUGCCCGCGCAGCCCUCGCCUCCAAGUCUCCCAAACCACCAUUUCCCGUGAUUCCAAAAUGUCCGGCCGCAACAUGUACAUGUUCUCUGAUGCCAGAAGGUCUGGACAUCGACCGCGAAAAGAACCUGAACGGAACAAUGUCGCCAUACUCGCAGCAUCUCAUCAUUCCUACUGGGCGGUCGGACUGGACGAGCAAGAUCGAAGAUGAAAAGGACACUGCUGUAUGGGGGAGAUUCACGGCGGAAAUAAAGACCUUGUUGGGUCGCGGAGGAGAAUUUCAUGAUCCAUACAACAACAUCCUGAUCAGCACUUCGUCAUUCACGCCGUGGGAACUGGCGAAGCGGAAGAAAACAAACACCGCCGACGGCAGUGUGCAACGCGAAGUGGACGCCCUUCUAUUUCCGGCCUUCCAGCAUGUUCGGGGCCUCAACCUCGACGCAGAUCCAGACCUUCCAAAAAAAUUCGUCCGGUCAUGUCUUCUCCCAGAUCCUGACCGGUUGCACCCAGUCUACAAGGACAUGUCAGAAACCGAGCGACUGGCGAAAACCCGCGAUCCCAGCGCCGGCAAAUCACUUGUCCUCAAGUCUGUCGAAGCCCCCACGAUCCUCAUUUGCAGCCAUGGCCAGCGUGAUAGCAGAUGCGGCAUUCUAGGUCCGUUGCUUCACGGCGAGUUUGCGCGAUACAUGGGCCGGCGAGGAGGGGAAAUACAACUGGUCCCACGAUCCAGCGAGUUUGUACGGCGGCGAGCAGACGAGGCAGGCUCGGAAGACAAAGACUCCAAUGCCGAGAAAGAUAUCUCCUCAGAUGAACAUGUUGAUUUUCCAGACUCGCCAUCAUCAUCCAUUUCACAGUCAUCAUCAUCUGGCUCACGAUCAUCAAGACCCACCGACGGAAAACUGAAGAGAAUCAACGUCAAUCUCGGUAUGGUCUCCCAUAUCGGCGGCCACAAAUGGGCGGGCAAUGUGAUUCUCUACAUUCCACCCAACUUCACCCCUGACAACGGAAUAAAACACCCCCUGGCCGGCAUGGGGAUCUGGUACGGCCGCGUCGAGCCACGGCAUGUCCAAGGCAUCAUCGAGCAGACUUUGAUGCAAGGAAAGGUCAUUCAAGAGCUAUUCCGAGGCGGUGUGGCGAGAACGGGGGAUAUUCUGAGGCUGUGAUGAGCGAGCAGAGGCUGCCUGAGUGGAAGAGCCUGAGUUAGAGAGAAACAGACAGACAUCCUGGGCGUUUGUAUCUAUCAUUUUACGGGCACAUCCCAGGGGUCCUCCUCUCCCCCUGACUUCCAUCCUCUUUCCUCUGUUUCGGUUUCGGUUUCGGUUUCGGUUUCGGUCUCGGAGUUCAAAAGGAGAAGAAGAGAAAACAUAGAACUUAUGAUUGUAAUGAAAGACACUUUACUCUCUCCUCUAUCAGCCAGACACUCAAUUCAUCCAAUCCCGCAGCAUACACAACUAGUACUCGCUCGUACUCUCUCGAGUGAGGACGAACCACUGCACGCCAGCUUGUCUUCUAGACGCCACAUGAUGUUGUAUACAGUAACUGAGAUCUAAUCGUCCAAUGCAUCUGAG